CAAGCGGCUCGGUGGUGAGCGACGUGCACUAACUUGGCUAUGAAUGUUAGCCAAAUGCUUAACAAUUUGUUGUUGUCAGGACUUCGUCAUAUAUCCGAGUUUAGUUUCAGCAUUUCCCCCUGGCCAUCCCCUGAGAGAAAGUGGACUCGUCCAGCGGAAGAGGUGAUGCAGCGCUAGGAGCUAGGUGAUUGCUGCUAACGUCAAUAGGUCGACAGAAACUGGCCUCUGCACCUCAGCGUCCAUGUAUUCACACCAGGACGAGAGGUCCGGCGCAGAUGUGUUGAUUCUAGAUGCAAAUAAUCUAAAUAACCUUUUUAAUGAUAAUGAACUGGUGCUUUUCGUUAUUUUCCUACUAGCUAAAGCUAACCAACGCAUGCGAGCUGCAGCACACAGUCAGUGGAGCAACGUGAACGUAAACAAGCCCAGAAGCUGCUGAGGCCAACACUGAUCUCUCCAUUAACACCUUGAUUCUUACUCAGCUCUACCCGCCUUUAGCUGGUCCAUGACUGAGAAAGAGCAAGCCUGCUGCCAUGACUUGUGACACCUGCUGUCGAUGACGUAGACAUGUUACUUUUGGUGCCCUCUAUGAGUCGCAUCAUAGUGAUUUGAGUUUAAAUAUGUGAUAUGACUAUUUCUGUUUCCUCCAUGAGCAAGAGAGACGGAGAGCUUUUGGACUAAGUGGCUUUGACAUCCACUCCGCUGCUGGAGUUGCUGUGAGAUUAUGCAGUCAAACAGGUCUGAGCGCAGUCACAGGCGGCAGCACAGCGACAGAAGUUCAAGGCAGUGGGACGAUUAUGAUCACAGAUGGGAAGAAAGGCGAGAACCUCGCAGAGAUAUACCGCAGGAUUCCUAUCAGAAAUAUGGUGGAAAUGGACAUAGUAGCUCAGAGAGGACAAGCAGAAGUAGAGAAUACAGUGACUCACCUAAGAAGCUGUACAGCAAAGACUCAUUGAACAGAGACUUGAGCAGAAAGAGCUCAGCAAGGAGACGCAUGUCCUCACCUGAUUGGGGUACUUUUGAAAAGAAAAGGCAAAGGUUUACAGAGGAUGAUAGAGAUGAUAACAGAUACAGGCCUGAGCCUGAUGAUAAUAAAAACAGGCCUUCACCCGACAGCUUUUCACGUGCACACAUGACCAAGGAUUUUAAACAAAUGCUACCACGGGAGGAGGAUUUCAAAUACAGCAAAACACCUCAAGACUCCAGACACAGAUAUGGGCAUGAGGAGUUCACACAUAAGCAACAACAUGAUGACUGCAGACAGUCAUCUGGAUAUUACAAAGAUAGAGUUAGUCAUGAAAAAAGCCAAGACUGUUCACAAGAGAGGAAAGGAUCACGAGAUCGCUCUACGAAGAGUUAUGUCAAACCCAGAGAGAGGAAUGACAGCCCCCCCACAGAUCAUGAGGAGUAUGGUGAAAACAGAACAAGGUUUCCAUUGAAUGGAUCUUAUGGAAAGUCUUUUGAGUGUGAUGUCACCAACCAAAGUCCUGCUGUUCCUGAGCAGAAGUCAACGAUGGGUUUCCAACGUUUCCUCAAUGUGCUCAACAAGGGUGUGAAUGUCGCCACGCUCACCAAGAUAGUGACUCAGACCUCCACAGAAGCGGGAGAUCGACCACAUCCAGCAACUUCCUUCAUGAAACCUGAUCAUCCCUGGUCUCCCAGUUAUGCUGUGGGGCAACAGGGAAGCCAGCAAAAUACCAGCCACUGGAGUGAGAGCAAAGGAUUUCAGAGACUGGCUUCUUCAGAGCAUCGUCACAGGUCAUUCAGUCCAAAGGGGCGGUCUCUGUCUGACGAAAAGUUUCUGCAAAGGGGUGAUGGAGAACGGAGCUACUUCAGCUCCAACAGUAGAUCCAGGUCUCCCUCAGAGGAGCAAAAGAUAACACUGACAUCUGAAGAUGAGCACAAGCACAGGCAAAUGCAGGAUGUUUUGCAGGCCAUUGGAAUGAAUUUAGGAUCCGAGGAACUGGGCCAAAUGUCACAUCGGAUCCAAGAGCGGUUAUAUGGAAAGAAGGAUAAUGACCGCCAUCGUAGAGGAAGCAGGGAAAGGGACACCAGGCAAGCGUUUUCACCAAGACCUCACAGUAGAUCAUCAUCAUCAUCAAGCAGAUCUAGUUUUAGCCCGUUAAAUCAGGAGUAUUACAAGAAAAAAGACUCCUGUAGUGCUCAGAGAGUUGUAUCCGAGGUACCACGAGUGCAGGUGCAUGCAGCUGUUGAAUAUGUCCAGAAUAGCACCAGUAGCACUUUUCAGGAGAGUGACAAAUGGGAGACUUACUCCAAGGAAAGCACUGCUGCAUGUCAAGCAUUUUCUCAAAAUUCAGCUUCCACUUUCUUAAAGCCAUCUCCUACACCUGCAAUGCCGAUGUACUCUCCAGUAAACUGUUCAUCGCUUCCAUACCCACCUCCGCCUCCUAAAAUGCCCCCUAACUUGCCCAACUUUGGACCCAGGCUUUCCCUGCCUCCCCUGCCUCCCUUCUUCCCAUACCACCGUGCCCCACCUGUGAACAUCUUUCCAGCAGUAUUAGCUCAAACAAGGCACCUACUCCCACAGCACAUUGGUAAUCCACCCUUUUUUAACUUGCCAGGUAUUAACCCAAUUCAGCAACUGAACACCACACAAAAAUCAAAACAACUGCCAAGGCCCCGCUGUUUGCAGGUCAUCGAAACCAAACAACCCGGAUAAUGACAGGUGCAUAGGGUGAAAAUCUGACUGAUAUAGCUAAGAAAACAUUUAUUUUCUCUCUGGAGAAAAGUAAAAGAUCUUCAAAAAAAUAUACAGUUUGGCUUGACUGAGUUAACAAAGACAAACAACACUAAACAGCAAUUGACAAAUUUAAUAUUGAACAUUUGCAGCAGCAACAAAAAAACAAGGCAAAAUAUAACACGGACAAGGAAAUUAACAGACCACAAGUUUAUUGAAAACCUGGUUGUGUUGGAGCUCUGUCCAUUGCCAGACCAUUGUUCUUAUACCCGUAACACAAUGUCACGCUAAAGAAAAACACUGUGUGAAGAAAGUGUAUAUUAAUCUCAGAAUAUUUAGUUUUUCUUGAUUUUGUUAUUCAAACAUCAUGAUUUGAUACAUUAUACAUUUUUUGGAAGUUAUAUUUGUCACCAGGAGUCUUUUUGUAAGUAUUAUCCUACUGAAAUGGCACCAUAAUCCCGUAAAAACAAUGUGCUGUACUCUUAGUUAAGCUAUUUUCUUUUCUUUUUUUGUAAACAUGCAGAAAAUGGUGUAAAUAUUUGAAUAGCAUAAUAUUAAAUGCAGUUAUUGUAAGUAAAUUACUGAGAGCUGUUUAAUUGCACCAGUUUUUC